GCGUUGAGAAUCUGAGUAAUGUGGAUUUAGCUGUAAAACGUCUCCUUCUCUCAAGAGCAUUUACAUGAUCUCUUGUUUUCCAUGCUUCUUUUGGGAAGAGCCAUGCAGAAGAGCUUUGGGGAGAAGAUGCUCAGUUCUGAGGUCCAGUGCCAGCACUUCAGGCAGUAUGUCUUCCAAGAGGAGGCUUUAGAGCCCCGAAAGGUUUGCAGCCAGCUCCACAAUCUCUGCUGCCAGUGGCUGAAGCCAGAGAGACACACCAAGGCUGAGAUGAUGGACCUGGUGAUCCUGGAGCAGUUCCUGGCCGUCCUUCCCCCAGAGAUGGGGAGCUGGGUUCGAGAGUGUGGAGCGGAGACAACCUCCCAAGCAGUGGCCUUGGCAGAGGCCUUCCUCCUGAGCCAGGCAGAGGAGGAGAAGCCAAAAGAGGAGCAGGACUUGUUUGUGACAGAGAUGGCUGAGAAGGAGAAAUGUCCUUUUGAAUCCAGUCAAAGGCAGAGGCUGAAGUGGAUCACGCAGAACAGAGAAGGGAUGUCCUCCUCAAUGAGAGGCAGAAUAAGGAUCGGGUCUAAGUGUACAAGGACAUCUCUUCACCCUGAUGGACUCGGAACACCUUCUGGGAGGCUAGAUCAGGUGACCUUUGAGGAGGUGUCUGUGGAUUUUACAGAGGAAGAGUGGGCCCUGCUGGAUCCAAGCCAAAAGGCCCUUCGUCGGGAAGUGAUGGAGGAGAUUCUAGGGGCUCUGUCCUCUUUGA